GUUGGUCUAAACCACCACACUCACCAACUUUGAAUACUAUUUGACAGGACGGGGGACAUCUGACCAUGAUGCGCCCCAUAGCUACCAAGACGACCUUGGCCUCCGUGACAUCUUUCUUACCUGUCACCAAUUCCAAUGGCAACGUAAACAUACAGCGGCUGAGCGGCCUCCUGGCAGGCUAGCAAUAGUAAUACUUGCUCAGUCAGGCUAUCGUCUACUAUAAAAUUUAGACUCUAUCCAGAUAUGUCUUAUCACCUUUUAUCAAUUCUAGGUUGUUCCCUGCUUGCCACAGGUGCAACGCUGAUCCAUGUCGAACUCUCCUCUAAGAUCCAUUUCUUUUGCCCAUCAAGAUCUUCCCAAGCUCACCACAGGCGAAAAACCACAGUCUCCAGAGCUUGACGAUGACAAAAUCACCUAUGAGUGGGAACACCAUCCUGCCAACCCAAGGAAUUGGUCUCCUGCAAAAAAAUGGACAACGACCACCCUUGUCGCACUGUACACCUUUGUUACGCCGUUAGCCAGUUCUAUCAUGGCACCUGGUUUGCUUGACAUCGCCGUCAAAUUUAAUAUAACAAGUCCAACAGUCAUAGCAUUGACUCUCUGUAUCUUCCUUCUAUCAUUUGCCAUCGGUCCUUUAUUUGCCGCACCUUUGUCUGAAGUGUAUGGUCGUGUAUGGGUGCUACACCUGGGCAACCUCUUCUUCAUCGCCUUUAAUCUUGGCUGCGCCUUGUCAAACGACACUACGUCCUUCAUUAUUUUCCGCUUUCUAGCUGGAUUAGCGGGAAGUCCACCUAUAGCAUGCGGCGGAGGUGUCGUAAGCGACCUCUUCGCGGAACAUGAUCGAGCAUUGGCUGUGGCACUAUACAGCAUCGGACCUUUGAUAGGCCCUGCUAUCGGUCCCGUUAUGGGAGGUUUCAUCGCAGAAUCAGUCGGUAUACAGUAUGUCUUCUACGUCGUCGUCGGUCUCUCUGGCAUUGCCGGAAUGAUCGGCAUUCCUCUCUUGAAAGAAACCUAUGCGCCAGUUAUCAUGAAUCGUCUUGAUAACAUGGCGCUGGAUCCAGAAAAGGCAGCCGUGGAACAUCCUGCCCUCCAAGACGAGAUGGGCAAGUGGGCUUACUUAUGGCUCAACCUCAAGCGACCAGUCAUACUCUUGACCCGGAGUUUUAUAUGUUUCAUCCUGAGCUUGUAUAUGGCUCUGACAUACGGUAUCUACUACUUGAUGUUCUCUACGUUCCCCGACCUCUUCUCGAAAACGUACCACUUCAGCACCGGAAUUUCGGGCCUGACGUACCUCGGAAUAGGCCUUGGAUUUCUAACCGCCAGUUUCUUUGGCGCCAGGGUUUCAAGCAAGAUAUACGCAUACCUUGCCGCCAAAAAUGGAGGGAAGGGUAAACCAGAGAUGCGCAUACCUGCUCUGAUAUUCGGCUCGCUUUUUGUCCCAGUGGGACUAUUUUGGUAUGGCUGGUCUGCCCAAGCCAAGGCCCAUUUUAUGUUACCAAUCAUCGGCACCACUAUCUUUGGAUUCGGGUUAAUGACAUGUUUCCUCCCUAUUCAACUUUAUCUCGUGGAUACAUUCACCUAUGCUGCAAGUGCUACUGCAGCCGCUUCUACAUUCCGUUCACUUCUCGGUUUCGCAUUCCCUUUGUUUGGAGAACAGAUGUUUGCCUCACUUGGCUAUGGUGGAGGUAAUUCGCUGCUUGCAGGUAUUGCCAUAGUAAUUGGCAUACCCUUUCCCGUAUGGAUAUAUUUCGCCGGCGAAGGUAUGCGCGAGAGGAGUUCCUUGGCGCGUUAAUCUUUCCCUUCUCUCCACCACCCAACCCCUCUAGAAGCAUCAAAUCACGAUGCAAUCAUGAUUGUACCCGCUUACUAUAUUAUGGAAUGAUCCAUGGUUGUUAUUAUCAUUGCUCCCUCCAAGUCAUCAGUGGACACUUGUCGUGCAGAGUGUAUUUGUUCCUGCGUAGAGUUACCUAUUUGUGUUAAUAAAUCCGAGCGCAACAACCAGAAUAUGGUGGGCGAAUUAAUGCUAAUAGCGUGUGGUAUCUG